AUGUCGAUCCCGGCAGCAGUGGGGUAUAUAACAAGGAGCGAGGGAACGGCUGAGGACGUCGCCCCGGAUGCUGACCAUGGCCUCUCGCUUCUUGACUGCUCUGCAGAUCCUCUGCGUGCGAAAACAGUGUCCCCGACCUUGAUUUCUCUGUCCAUCGAGCAGGAUAACUGGAUAGAAUGGGCAGGGACCGCGGCUCCCAACAUGUUCUUCUACAAUGCUUUAGACAAUCUCAGACAGCUUGCUGGUGAAGGUCUAUGGAUCCGUAUCGGUGCCGACUCCGAAGACCAUACCAAUUACAACCCUGAUAUCCAAUAUGCCGAGGAUAUCUUUCCUGCGUACACCAACACCACACCUUAUCCCGAGGCUACAAAUAUCACAGUUGGCUGCGACUAUUACAAGCUUAUAGCUCAUCUGCCAGCUCUCACUCAUGUCUGGUGGGGCGUUAACCUCGGCCAAUACAACAUUACUGCCGCCUAUCUAGAGAGCCAGGCACUCUUGGCUGCGUUUGCCGACCCCGCGGUGGUCGCCCAGGGCACUACACUGGAGUACAUCGAAAUCGGCAAUGAGGCAGACCUAUACAGCAAUAACGGUGCAAGGAACAGCAGCUGGAAUCCCAUUGAAUAUACGAGAGAGUGGAUCGAAUUUGCGACCAACAUCUCCGACUCUUUUGAUCUGUACAGUCGCACGUAUCCCAAGCUGAUCGGCGGCGCAUUCGCCAAUUCAGCAUUCGGUACUUCUGGAUUCUCUCCGCAAGCCAUCAUAGGCGCAGGGAUCCUCAACUCUGCCCCUGGGUCUCUCAUUCGCACUGUGUCACAGCACCACUACAGUGGAUCAUUCUGCCAGGGAAGCGGUGGCUUGCUCCAGGACCUGAUGGCGAAAUCGACAAUUCGUACCAAUGUCUCUGAGUUUGCGCCAGAUAUCGCGGUGGUCAGGUCCUACGGACUGGACUACGUCUUCGGUGAAACCAACAGUUACGCCUGCCAUGGUGCGCCGGGCGUCAGCAAUACUGCGGGAGCAGCAAUCUGGACCUUGGACUAUUCGUUGUAUGCGUCGCAAAUUGGCAUAUCUCGCCUCUUCUUCCACGAAGGAGUCGGCUACAAGUACAAUCUGAUCCAACCUGUAGCACUGAAUCGCUCCAUCAUCGAUGGAUCGUCGCUUGCUGCGCCUAUCCCCCCGCAUGUUCAGCCCCAGUAUUACUCGGCCAUCAUCGCAGCUGAGGCGAUAGGCUCUUCAGGGAGUGCGCAAGUCCUUGAGUUACAGUUCGAUGACCCGUGGACGUCUGGAUACGCCUUCUACGAGUGGGGCGUUCUGCGGAGGGCGCUCAUCGUCAAUUCACAAGCCUAUUUGAGCGGGACCACGGCCGCGAGGAACACCACACACGUCGAUAUCAAUUUCAUUGGACACGAGUUUGGAGCUGGACCGACUAGCAUGCAGAUCAAGCGUCUGAAUAUCAGCUAUGCUGAUGCUACCUCUGGCCUGACUUGGGGUGGGCAAACCUAUGAGACAAGCGAUGCCAGAGUUAGUGGACCGCUUGUGAUGGAGGCGGUACCGGUCAGCCAAGGGGUUGACGUCCAAGAAACGGAAGUCGUGAUGCUUUCGUUUAUAGUGUAG